AUGCCCCGUCACAUCCUCGUUCCGCCCGAACAAUGGCGACACCUGCUCCGAGCCCUGCUGCGCGAAUGCUCCUAUCUCCCCGAUCCCAUUGCUCGCAAAUACAUGCACGAUCAUGUGAUGCUCCGCUAUCGCGACUACGCUGACAAGCACCGCGAGUAUCUUGACAAGUGCCGCAAGUACACGGAAAAGUACCAUCGGCCCCCGUCGUUCCCUCCGCCCAAAGCCCUCAGCAUUCUACGGCAGGCCCGUCUGCGGAGGGCGGCAAAGCAGACACUCUCGCUGCUGGUGCGAGCGAAUGAAGGAUACCCCAGGCCCCUGGAGAGAGUCUUGCUCCUGUCAUACGGCCGGAUUGGGAGACGGAGGCAUCGACUACUGGAAGCCCUGCUGGAUUCAGAAGAGGUGCCCUCAAACACGGAUGCGGUGGCGGAGGCAGUCAAGAAACCGCGGAUAUGGGACGACGGAUGGAAACCUCCCAGGAUCUUGGUGGAGCUUCUGAAAGCGCAAAACCACGCUGCCAUUGUUGCUCAGUCCAACGUACGAAAUCAGGUCAAGACCUUCGAACCCAAAAUACCGGCAGAGAACAGCUGGGGAAGGCCGGUGCCGUUGUGCCGUCGUCGGAAUAUCAGGAGGAAGUGGUACACAGCGGCGCUGAACAGUGCUCUUCCCCCGAUCCCAGAGGACGAGCUGAAGUUAUUACAAGGCUUGGUGUCUGGAACACACUCCUGGGCGCCGGUGCGACGGAGAAAGGCACCGGCCCAGCCGGCUCCCUCGCAGACAUCGUCGCUUGAUGCGAGGUUUCUGGCCGAGGGACCGAAGAAGGGUCUUACUUUCAGGAAUUUCACCGACGGCCGGCCGCACAAGAUAACGCGGCGGUUGAUGGAGAGGCUCUGGGACCGGAUCCACUGUCUCAUCCCCCGGUUUACGAUGAAUCCGGCGCGCAAGAAACCGACGUUUGAAUUCCCAUUGCCUCGGUAUCGCCGCGAGGCGGCCCUCUCUGUGGACGAGCAGAAGGUGCCUGAUUUGUUUGGCGGCCUUGACGAGCAGGGACGGAAGCCCAAAACGGAGCCAAAGGAAGUACAACCGAAUUACGGAGUAAUUCUGGGUGACGGUGGAAAGCGUAUGGACAGGUCGUGGUGUUUGAAGCCAAUUUCGUGGCAUUUCCGUAUUCUAAAAUUUCAAUGA